CCGAAGCACUCAACGUGUGGACCAUGUUCCUAUAUGCACAUGCCACGCGUGCGGUGAAACCGAACUUUUCCGGACAUGGCGAUGAGAUGAGGACGAUGCUUGGCGUGGUGUUGAGAUGCAGCGGGAGACAAGCAAGCUACCCCGCAACCUGUUCCUGGCGGCGGCCUUGCUAUUAUCCCCAGGCACAAAUAGCUCCGCAACCACUAGCUCGCCGACCAUUUCAUACCACCACCAAGAUGGAUUCCGAAGUAUUGAAGCAGUACCUGGCAGAUAGCCCACCGACGAUUGUCCCUCUGGCAAUCAAACCUCACUUUGAAGCCCUCACUGACAAGGAGAAACUCUACGCUCACCACAUCUCCGUAGCCUCGCACGCCGGAACCCGCAUCGUCCUCCGCCAAGUCUCCCCCGAAUCAGAACCCAUCUACGACUUCAUCCUCACCCUGCACAAGCACUGCGGCGGCGACUACGACAAGCUCGCGCGCUCGGCCGGUUUCAACAAGGAGGAACUCCAAGCCUACCUCGACUACGCGGCACAGUUCCUGGGCAACCUAGGCAACUACAAGUCGUUUGGCGAUUCCAAGUUUGUCCCGCGGUUGGCGCCGAAGCGGCUUCUUGCGCUGGCGGCGCUGACGCCCGAGGCGCUGAAGCUGUAUGAGAAGUUCAAGCAUGCGAUUUUCGCGGGCGACGAUGUCGCAAAGUUGCACCUGGGGUAUCCGAGUGCGGGGCAUGUGAGCACCUACUACCCCGAUAGUCCGGGCAUCACCAAGGAGGAGAUAUCCGGGGUGAGCGAUUUCUUGGAGGGUAAGGGACUGUUGCCUGAGAAUACGAGGGUGAGGAAGACGGCGGAGGGGUUUGAGGUGCUCAUUGCGUCUGCGGAGCCGGAUCCCAGGGCUGAGGAUCGGGAUCUGAAGGAGAGCGAGUGGACGACUGGGGAUGGGAAGAAGAUCAAGCUGGUUUUCGGGGACCACGUAAAAGAGAUGGAGACGAUUGCGGAGCACUUUGAGAAGGCGAGGGAGUAUGCUGCGAACGAGACGCAGGCGAAGAUGAUGGAGCAGUACGCAAAGAGCUUCCGGACGGGGUCGCUGGAAGCCUUCAAGGAGAGUCAGCGGCUGUGGAUCAAGGACAAGGGUCCUGAGGUCGAAGUCGACGUGGGCUUCAUUGAGACCUACCGCGACCCUCACGGGAUCCGUGGCGAAUGGGAAGGCUUCGUGGCCAUGGUGAACAAGGAGCGGACCAAGGCGUUUGGCAAGCUUGUAGAGUCGGCUCCCAAGCUCAUCCCUCUCCUUCCCUGGAGCAAAGAGUUCGAGAAAGACACUUUCCUCAGCCCGGACUUUACCUCGCUCGAGGUGCUCACCUUCGCCGGCAGCGGCAUCCCCGCCGGCAUCAACAUCCCCAAUUACGACGACAUACGCCAAAACCUAGGCUUCAAGAACGUCUCGCUAGGCAACGUGCUGAGCGCCAAAGCCCCCGACGAGCCUAUCCCCUUCAUCAAGGAGUCGGACCUCGCCCUGUACCGGAAAUACCGAGACGCCGCCUUCGAAGUCCAAGUCGGCAUCCACGAACUCCUAGGCCACGGCUGCGGCAAACUGCUCCAAGAGACCAGCCCCGGCGAAUACAACUUCGACAUCCACAACCCGCCCAUCUCCCCCCUGACCGGCAAACCCAUCACCUCGUGGUACAAGCCCGGCCAGACCUGGGGCAGCGUCUUCGGCUCCUUCGCCGCGUCCUACGAGGAGUGCCGCGCAGAGUGCGUCGCCAUGGCCCUGAGCUGCGACUUCUCCGUCCUGCGCAUCUUCGGCUUCGGCGACGGCACCCCGGACCUGGACUCGGAGGCCGGCGACAUCCUGUACGCGGCGUACCUGUCCAUGGCGCGCGCGGGCAUCGCCGCCCUCGAGUUCUGGGACCCCAAGAGCCGGAAGUGGGGCCAGGCGCACAUGCAGGCGCGCUUCUCCAUCCUCCGCACCUUUCUCAACGCGGGCGUCGAGUUCGCCGAGCUCGAGUUCCAGGAUAAAGAGCAGUUGUCCGAUCUCACGAUUCGCCUCGAGCGAAGCAAGAUUCUCGAAUUGGGUCGCCCCGCUGUGGAGGAGUAUCUGCGGAAAUUGCACAUCUACAAGGCGACUGCCGAUGUCGAGGCGGCCAAGCGCAUGUACGACGAGAUUACGGAUGUGGAGCCGUUUUAUGAGAAUUAUGUACGGCCGGCUGUGUUGAGGAAGAAGGUUCCCCGGAAGGUGUUUGUGCAGGCGAAUACGGUGGAGAAGGACGGGGGGAAGGUCGAGUUGAGGGAGUAUGAGGCUAGUGCCAAGGGCAUGAUUGAGAGCUUUGCUGAUAGGACGUAUGCGUGAGUUGGAGGGGGAGGUGCAAGGCCAUGGUCGUGAAAGUGGGCAUCUGGGAAUGGAUUUAUCUUGUGAAGGAUACCCAAAGCGCUUGGGAUAAGGAUGAUUUCAAGCAGAAUAUUGCACAUGCAUUGAGAUCCAUCAAGCAGACAGGAAGCGAAAUGAUGAUUUGAAAAGCCCU